AUGGCCGGUGGCCAAUCUCCCACCGGGUGUCCUGUGGCAGGAGGCCCGGCAGGGGCGGCCGCUGCCCACCCACAGCCCCCCUGCUAUGAAAGGGGCCGAGCGGGCGCGGGGCAGCAGCACAGGCAGAGCCACCACCAACAACACCACGGGGACCCUGGGCUGCUGCUGCUGCUCACCCUGGCCCUGCUUGUCCCCCACCAGGCUGCAGCCAGGAAGUGCGACCUGCAGGGCCUGUGGAGGAACCAGCUGGGCUCCAACAUGACCCUCUUGGCCCUGAACACAGCCGGCCCCUUCUCGGGCUUCUACCACACUGCUGUGACAGCCACCAACAAGCAGAUCCUGGGCUCACCCCUGCAAGGGGCCCAGCAGCACCCCGGUGCCAAGAGACACCCCACCUUCGGCUUCACCGUCUCUCAAACCCUGCCAGACUCCACCACAGCCUUUGUAGGCCAGUGCUUUGUGGAUCGCCGUGGCAAGGAGAGACUGGAAACCACAUGGCUCCUGUGGGAAGAGGUCCCAUCCCACAGGGACACCUGGAAAGCCACCAGGCUUGGCACCUCCAUCUUCACCCGCAUCAAGUGAUGGGAAAAGGGCCCAGAGCUGCCUGCAGCCUGCUGUGCUUCUGCAUCCCCAAGGCUCUCCACUGUAGCAGUCUCAGGCUGGGCUCCUGCCUGCUCCCAGCAUCCUGGGUGGGAAACACACCCUCACCUUGCCCUGCUUCUUCCCAGUGCCUCCCAGCAACGUGCUGCUGGGACUCCCCCUUCCCAAAGCUUGCUGCUCCCACACAUGGAGCCAAAUAAAGCCUUCUCCAGCUGGCAGAGAGC